CAGACAAAUUGACGGUGCGCCGCACGCUUUUGUCGCGUCGCACUCAGUACAUCGUGAUCGUGCUAGAUUGGUAGUUGGAAAAGUCUCUCUUUGUGGAUCCUACUAGACUUGCACUUAUAUGAGCUGCUGCUUACUUGGAAUACUCUCGAGAUAUAAAAACAUACCUUGGAUAAGUUCAUUGUGCACUAAUGUCCUGAUUGAUAGCUCAUUCCAUUGUGUCUUGAUUCAUUUUUCCGUGUUUUCAAGCACUGAUAUCUGACUGUAUUUUUGCCAUACAAUGAUCGGCAGGUAUUCUACUUUAUUAAGAUCGCAUCGUGAGGGAGUAGCCGAGAUGGAAGGUGUAGUUCAGGACACAUCGGAUACCAGUCACUAGAUCAAACAUUCCAUAACGAUUCUUCCAGGCGAGUGCUUGCCAUCAUCCGAGAAAAAAAAAUACGGCUACACACCCCUGGCUGGCUGGCGUCAUCCGCCCGUGGCGGUGUCACCAAGACUUUGAAGGUUUCUGUUCAACCCGACGUGACGCAGCAUGAUGGAGACACUGUUUCCUUGUCUUAUCCUGAUGUCUUUAUUUCUUGCGAGUGACGUCGCUUCUCAGUUGGUCGACCACUCAACGCCAUUGGCCACUGCUCUGCCACCAGAACACCUAUUGAGCAGCGAAACUGAUAGUGCACUCGUAGCCGCUGAAGCCACGAGGGGUGAUGGGGUGGUAGAUGAAAGAACUAGCAUGGAUCGUACACAUGAAGCUGCAGAGACGACGAUCCCGAACAGGACAUUCAAAUCAACGUCAGUGCAGAGCGUAAGUAAGGUCCACAUGGGUUGGCCAACAGCUUCUGCAAGUACAAACUUUACUGCUGGGGAUGCAAUCAAAACGUAUUUAGUAGGGUCUGAUCCUGCCGAAGGGGACACCAUAACUUUGAGUUGUGUUGUGUUAGAUCCAACCAUCUUGACUGUGUCGUGGUACAGAAUAGAGAGGUUGAGUACACAUGAUAUCCUUGCCCCUGCUGCGGAUGUUCAACGCAUGUCAAUAUUGCUUGAUUCCUCCGACGAUGCGCGUCGUGUUUUUAAUCUGACCAUCGAAUAUUUGCAUAGUGAAGAUAGUGGUGAGUACACAUGUCGAGGCAUUAACCGUCCUGGUGCUGUCGCAACCCUGGACAUCACGGUGAGGUACAUACCUGAGUUGCACUAUCCAGAGUGCUACUUGAACGGUAAAAGACAAGCAGUUGUGAUGGAGGGCGAUACUUUAAAAUUUGAGUGUAGUUCGGAGAGAGGAAUCCCUCCGUGGCAUUUGAUUUGGUUUCGACAACUCAAUAAAAGCAUCGAUGUGAUAACCACGUCAAUCGAAGAUCGAUCAGAAAUGAUUUUUAGCGAACACUCAGUCAUCGCUACACGCGAAUUAACUGGUGCCACGUACAUGUGCUCCUUGGUAUGUUUAUCACAUGAGUGCCUCAAGGCUAACAAUAAUGGCCCAAGGAACUGCAAUAUCGGGCCCUUGAUUGUCAAUGAGCGUCCGCAACCCACUACGCCAGAGAUCAUCACCAUCGACCCCGGUAUGCCGAUCGCCUCCGAGGGUGAUGACAUCGAGUUCGAUUGUUCAACGACGCUCGAGAACGGUAACGCGGUCUGGUUUCCAGUUGGCGGCGAUCCACCGCCCGAUGACCAUAUCAUUAUUUCCGAUGGCGGCUCGCACAUGUCCAUCAGGAACGUGCAGGUCAACGAUACCGACUUAAUGGCAUGCGGGGUUUUCUGCCAGGAGAAACUUGUCACCGUUCGGCAUGCCAAUUUUGAGAUACUUCGUAAACCUACAACUACAUCCGAACCAACGACGACAAAAACUACGACGUCGUCGUCAACGACGGCAUCGCUAGCAGCAGUAUUACCUGUCACAGACAGACUAGGAAACGAUGCAGGGGAUCGGGAUAGACGGAAAAAUGAAGAGAUUCAGGCGCAAAGAAGAGUAAAAAUCGGCACACCUUUAACACUUAUUUUCAUGCUUGUAAUAUUAAUAGUACUCUUGGUCAUCGUUGUGCGACUCAGAAGACAUUCAUAUCAAAGAGCGGCAACAGAGCCACCAGAUUUAGGCUAUACAGUAUGACGGAGAGUGACUACAACAACAAAUUGAAAAAAACUGUUAUUAUUGUCUUUAUAUAUUACGAAAGACCUACUUGGUUGUGAGGGAACCUGCGCAAUAAUGGUGUGUGAAUAUGCAUUGGACAUUGCCAGUUUAAGGAGACGCUUACCAGAAAGAUUAUUAAAAUGAAUUUCAGAGUAUUUUGAAACGUAUUAAAAACAUCAUGUUUGGAAACUGAUCUGAACUGAGCUUUUGCUCACGAUUUACUUUUCAACAUUAUCUUGAAUCCUUGAUACCAUUUAAUCAUAACUCGGUUUUAACCUCGAUGUAUACAAGAUUGUAAUUCAACAAAAUCAAGAAUGUUUGAUUGGAAGUCAUCACCAUCAACUGAUAUUUCAUUCAAGUCUUUACUAACAUGUAUGUCUCAAUUAGAGACAAUCCAUUUAUCGUUAUUAACUCAAAUGUUUUCUACCUUACAGCCACAAUAAUGAUGAAAAAUUAGUCGGAGAUGACAGUUGAAUUCAGAUCUAUUCUGGAAUGACAAGCCCUUUACGUCCUCGCGUUUUAGAAUACCACGAAUUUCCAACUUGCGAAACAUCGAAAUUGAAUUUCUUGUAUUAACAGAAAUCACGAAUCAAGUAUCUAAUACUACAACCUCAUUUCUUAAUGUCAUAAAUGGUACUUCGUGGUGUCAUUUACUAGGACCAAAAAUCUCGAAAUUUGAAUUUCUCUGCCAGAGAUUCAGGGCCACAUGACAUUAUAGCUAUCAAUAAUCAUGAUAAUAACCAUCAAUUUUAUUCGUGUUUCUGAUUUUCAAUAGAAUAAUACCAUACAGUUGACAUUAAUUGUACUAUAUAAACUAUGUCUUAUGUUCAAGAGCAAGAAGUUUC